UGAUGCUUUCAUCUUUGAUUCGUGUGCUGCUUUAAUGGACUAAACUAGCGACUGUUUCUCUGUACGUACAUACUUUUCUGUGAUCAAUCUUCAAUCCUCCCAAUCGAAGAGUCUUCUUCUAGUUUGUUUGAUCAAUGGCGACGACUAAAUUGAGCAGAACUCAUAGUAUGCGUGAGCGUGUGGAAGAUACGCUCUCUGCUCAUCGCAACGAAAUUGUUUCUCUUCUUUCAAGGUAUGUGGCUCAGGGAAAGGCCAUAUUGCAGCCUCAUCAUCUACUCGAUGAACUUGAAAAUAUCAUCGGUGAUGAUAUUUCACGCAAAAAGCUUAGUGAUGGUCCUUUUGGAGAAGUCCUGAAGACCGCACAGGAAGGCAUAGUUCUGCCUCCGUUUGUAGCUUUCGCAGUUCGUCCAAGACCUGGUGUUUGGGAAUAUGUGCGUGUCGAUGCAUACCAACUAAGUGUGGAGCAGCUGACUGCUUCAGAAUAUCUCGUCUUCAAAGAAGAACUUGUCGGGCAGUAUAAUAGCACUUAUGUGCUCGAGCUGGAUUUUGAGCCAUUCAAUGCUUCAUUUCCUCGGCCAACACGCUCUUCAUCCAUUGGCAAUGGAGUCCAGUUCCUCAACCGGCAUCUUUCUUCAAGCAUGUUCCGCAGCAAAGAUUGUCUGGAGCCGCUCCUGGAUUUCCUACGAACUCACAGACAUGAUGGACAUGUAAUGAUGUUGAAUGAUCGGAUACAUAGCAUGCCUAGACUUCAGUCUUCUUUGGCCAAGGCAGAGGAUUAUCUUUCUAAGCUACCAUCUGAUACGGCCUACUCUGAGUUUCAAUAUGAAUUGCAAGGAAUGGGUUUCGAAAGGGGAUGGGGAAAUAAUGCCGAAAGAAUCCUUGGGAUGAUGCAUCUUCUCUCCGACAUUCUUCAAGCUCCAGAUCCUUCCAUUCUGGAAACAUUUCUUGGUAGAAUACCCAUGGUCUUUAAUGUUGUCAUAUUGUCCAUACAUGGUUACUUUGGGCAAGCAAAUGUUUUGGGUUUGCCGGAUACUGGUGGCCAGAUUGUAUAUAUCCUGGAUCAGGUCCGAGCCUUGGAGAACGAGAUGCUUCUUAAAUUAAAGCAUCAAGGAUUGGAUAUCAAGCCUAAGAUUCUGAUAGUGACUCGAUUGAUACCUGAUGCAAAAGGUACUUCGUGCAACCAGCGAUUGGAGAGAGUCAGCGGAACUGAACACACCCAUAUAUUACGUGUUCCUUUCAGGACAGACAAAGGGAUUCUUCGUAAGUGGAUCUCAAGGUUUGAUGUAUGGCCUUAUCUGGAGAAGUUUGCAGAGGAUGCAGCAAGUGAGAUUUCUGCAGAGUUACAUGGUGCUCCAGAUCUUAUAAUUGGUAAUUACAGCGAUGGGAAUCUUGUUGCCUCCUUGUUAUCUUACAAAAUGGGAGUAACACAGUGCAACAUUGCGCAUGCUUUGGAGAAAACCAAGUAUCCAGAUUCCGACUUAUAUUGGAAGAAAUUUGAUGAGAAGUAUCACUUUUCUUGUCAAUUCACUGCUGACCUUCUAGCCAUGAACAAUGCGGAUUUUAUCAUCACCAGCACAUAUCAAGAGAUUGCAGGAACGAAGAAUACUGUUGGUCAAUACGAGAGCCAUUCAUCUUUCACUCUCCCAGGCCUCUACAGGGUUGUUCAUGGUAUUGAUGUCUUUGAUCCGAAGUUCAACAUCGUGUCUCCAGGGGCGGAUAUGACCAUUUACUUCUCAUAUACCGAGAAGGACAAAAGAUUGACAUCUCUUCAUAGUACAAUUGCCAAGUUGUUGUAUGACCCUGAGCAGAAUGAAGACCACGUUGGAAACCUGAGUGAUCAAUCAAAACCCAUGAUCUUUUCGAUGGCAAGACUUGAUCGUGUCAAGAAUAUCACGGGUCUGGUAGAGUGGUAUGCUAAGAAUACUAAGCUUAGAGAACUGGCAAACCUUGUUGUGGUUGCUGGUUACAACAAUGUGAAGAGGUCCAGUGACAGAGAAGAAAUUUCAGAAAUUGAGAGAAUGCAUGAUCUUUUCAAGAAAUACAAAUUGGAUGGUCAGGUGCGAUGGAUUUCAGCCCAAACAAACCGUGCUCAAAAUGGUGAGGUUUAUCGCUAUAUUGCUGACGGAAGGGGCAUCUUCGUACAGCCUGCUUUUUAUGAAGCGUUUGGUCUUACGGUGGUGGAGGCCAUGACUUGUGGUCUCCCAACAUUUGCAACUUGCCAUGGUGGUCCAGCAGAGAUAAUUGAAGAUGGUGUCUCAGGUUUCCAUAUUGAUCCCUAUCAUCCAGAUAGUGCAGCAGUCACAAUGGCCAAUUUCUUCCAGAAAUGCAAGGAGGAUCCAAAUUACUGGGUGAAGAUAUCUGAAGGCGGGCUUAAAAGAAUAUAUGAAAGGUACACAUGGAAGAUCUACUCCGAACGUUUAAUGACAUUAGCUGGGGUUUACAGCUUCUGGAAGUAUGUCUCGAAACUUGAAAGGCGUGAAACUAGACGAUAUCUUGAGAUGUUCUACAUUCUUAAGUUUCGUGAUCUGGUGGCAUCCGUUCCACGGGCUAUUGAUGAUGAGGCCUAGGAUGAAAGCCAUAAAGGUACUCGUGGAGUCAGAACACUACCCUCCGGUCCAUUUAUCUGUAUGUAGUUGUGUGAGCUUCCAUGGUAUCACUCAACUUAAAUAAAGUUGCGUUUAAACUCAUUAAAGAUGCAUAAGUAUGUAUUUAGUUGUAUAAAUGUAAGCCAUAUGGAAGUAGCCUUUCAAUUUGGGGGAGUGUCUUAUUCUAAAACAAUGAGGCCUAUGUACCAAAAUCUUAUAAAGUUGUAUUUAUUUUAGUACAAGUUAUUGAUAAAUAUUUGCAAAUAAUGGGUAUAGGUGAACAAAUUGAAUUA